AAACUAUGAACAGUGAAUUCUAAUUCAUUAUUAAAACCAAUGGACAAAUUGUGAAAUUGCUAAAGAGUUUGGUGUUCACGGUGUGUUGCGGGAGGAUGGGGGGUCGAGACGGGAGGACACUUCGCUGUGAUAGGCUCUUAUUAUUCUCCGAUAGCUUUGGGACUGUUAAGGUGUUCGCGGUUGAAUAUACAAUUUUUCGCGAUUGAGUUAUCAAUCUAGUCAAGCUAUUCUAGACAUUUAGUUCGUUUAGUGGUGGUUGUGGGGGAAAAUAAUAAAAAUAGUAAAUUACGCCUAUUGGGAGUAAAAAUAUUUUGUGAUGAAUGUGAGGUUAUAAUCACAUCAUUAGAAAAUACUUUUACUGCUGUGGGCAGACGACCUUUUGUGCCUCUAGGAUUGAAAGUGUGAUAAUCUCACUUCGUUCACCCCUAGAGUCGUAAAAGUCAUAAAGUCAUACUUUUGUGUUAAUUCUUUAGUGAACUGGUUGUCUCGUUUUUUUUUAUGGGGGGAUUUUUUGAUGAUCUAGUGUUUUUUAGUGAGUUUUUAGUGGAUUGUGUGUGCAGUGUUGUGAUUUGUGGUGUGUGCAUUCGUUUUGGACUGACAGACAUUGGUUGAUAGUGCGAAUAUCAUGUCGUGUUGUCAGAGGUGGUACGUCAUCGUUGAAACCAAAAUAAUCUCCAAGAGGUGCCUGAAGACUAGUCCCCGCAGUGGAAGCACGUAAAUCGUGAAUCGCCGCCAGCGAAGUGGCUAGAGAUCAACUUGUAAAUACUGUUUAUCCAUUGGUCUCUCCGUCGUGUUGUGGUUUCGGACUUUGAGGUCAAUUCUCAUGAUCGAUGCGGGCAUCUGAGCAUUCAUCAUCAAGUUUAAUAAUGACGAAUAUAGCCUGGAGGUAGAUGAAAAAAUCGACUGGUGAAUUAACGAGUGGGGGCUGCGUGACCCUAUAUUGGCUCCAGUGCAAUUGGAAUGAGAGGGAGACAGAGUGAGGUUAUGCGGAGGAUCGGGUUACUCGAUGUCCUCGGAGGCUGAUGAAUUACUCUACAUUGCACCAUUUAUCAGGGGCUCUCAACAUCCAGAGUGAUUUUGAGACUAUCAACGAAAGUAAUAGCCCUGAAGAAAUCCUCUGAAACUUGUCUGAUGUGCACAAAAUAUCGACGAUUGGAGAAUCCUAACGUGAUGUUCCUGUUGGCCGGGUGAUUAUCAUCACUGCAUCAUGGUACCAGUGAGGAAUCCCUCAAAGAGUGACAAUUUCAAAACGGAAGCAUCUACCAACAGGACAUACGUAUCUCCCCCCGCGCAAUCCAAUCCGCCACAUCCACUCCCCAAGUAACUAUCGAAAUGGCGAGAGGAACUUGUCGAUUAACUCAUCUAUUUUGCAUUGUUGUCCUCAACGAGACUUCAUACGUACGAUGAAGGGAAUUUAUGUUUCACUCUAUGAAGAAAUAAAAACAAUACAGUGAUGGCUCAAAAGCGAUAUUAUCUCGGUGCAUUUACGCUAGAGGUGAAAAAUAAAACUGCAAAAUGGAAAAAGGAAGUAAAGGAGAGGACGGAGAGGAUAUAGCCUCAUUGCGUUACGUUGUCUCGAUGUGUGUCGGAAAGAGACAGUCGGAUGAGAGUAGAAGCGGGCGAUUCAACCGAGAGAGGAGAGUCCUCCUAAUUAAUGGCCCACCACUGCAACUGACAUGUUUGCCCUGUGCAACCCCUUGCCCUCUCAGCCACCCUGUUUUCACUAGUAUUCUUUCGGAGAGGGCGAUACAAUUCCACCCAGCUCACCCCCCUCCUGCACCUGGAUCGCCAGAUGCAAUGGCCGAUGCAGUACCCCAUCACCGCCACCAAGGACAGCGCCCAAAGGUGAAGGGGGAGAGAGGAACCCUCAGCCAAGGAGAGAAUCCCCGAAGGAACGCGCCGGUUAAAGUAAGAGUGAUUGAGAGAUCAUCAAAGAUGGUGGUUGACACUGGAACCGUCCGUCUGGUCAUUUUCAUUGGAAUGUUUUUGGUUUUUGCUGGUGAUUACACAACUCUCAUAAACUCUGUUUUCGGGAAUGGAAUGGUAUCGGGAAAUUCAACAUUUGUGGGUCUCCAGGAGGCUAAAGACGGACAUGCAGAGAGGCUGACCAUGAUGACAGGCGUGAGGGAUGACGCCGAAGGUGCAACGAGAAAGGCGAAGCUGAUGGCGACAAUAAAAAAUGCGUGUUUACCAAAAUUAAUUUGCGAAUUAACAUCUUCGCCGUUUCAAGAUCAGCUGAGUGAAAUGGAAAAGUCGCUGUUGAAUUUAAUCAGGGACACAAGUCUAACAACAAUGGCGGAAGUAGCCUCGAGAUAUCAUUUUGCUGCGCAUAUGGGUCAACUAAUCGCCGGAAUCGAGGGUCAAGGCUGUCACAAUUUUUAUCCAACUUGUCCUCUACCUCGUUCCAGUGUACUCAAUAUGAUGAAGAAGAUCAGAUUGCGUUGAAUUAUCAUGAACCCGAAUACGUCGAUCAUUAAAUUCCGACUGUUAUUAUCAAUUUCAAGUGAUUCAGGGGACCAAUAAGGGCGCCUCGAGAAUUACUUGACAUAUCUGUGAUAUCGUGCAAGAUUCAGUUCAAUCGGAAAUCGAAGGAUUGAAGGACCGCAAUGAGGUUCUGUCUCCAUUCUGUUGGCAAAACGUUGCUCGAGGAGACCAGCCUGGCGGUUUCCGCAUGUACGAAAAAUUUUUGUAGAAAAACUACGUCGAUCGAUUUCUAUUUCUGUCCAUUAUAUCGGUGAAAUUAUUCUUUUAGUUUUUAGGUGAUUCUAUAGAGGAAUUUUGAAUUUUGUGCAUUUUUCAAUAAAAAAUUGGAAAUAGGAAGUACUUUAUUAAAAAAUCCAUAUAUUUGUUUCUAGCAAGACAUUCUUUCGAAGAAUUCCUGACAUAAAUUGUCUAAGAUUUGCAUUUUAUUUUCGAAAAAAAAUGAACUAAACACUUCGAGCCAAAGAAUUUCUAUAGAAACUGUUUGAAUACAAUAAAUUAUUUUGAAAAAUCGGCUUCUAUGGAUUUUUUAGUAACAUAUUUCCAUCGCACAUUCCUAUUGGAAUAAGAAACAUAGACAAGAUGCAGAAUUUUCUAAUGCAAACCAUCAGAAUCUCAGGAAAGUCUCCAUAUAAUUCUGAUAAAAUUUUCUAGCGAUUUUGUUAGUCAUUCUAUAAAUUUUGUUCGACCGUGUGAGCAACGCUGUAAAUACUCCAAAAAAUGAGUCGUAGAGCUCCACUUUAUUCUAGACAUCAGAUUAUACUGAUCAGAUGAACUAGAAUAUCCCUAAAUGUAAUUAGUUAAGGGUAAAUAUUAUUUUAUUGAUAAAUUCCAGCAUCCGUUGAUAUUCUUUUCACGAUUAUUAUUCACGACUGCUAAGCUUUUUUGUAUUAUUAGUGUCUAAACACAUGUGUUUUACAUUUGAUAAUAAAUUUCGUUUUGAAAUUUUGUUACUGAA